GAAGGAGUCCUUUUUCCGUUUCCGUCCAGAAGAGCUUGCAUACGGCAACAUGAAACUGCUCACCCACAAUCUACUGAGCUCGCACGUGCGGGGGGUGGGGCCCCGCGGCUUCCCCUUGCGCCUUCAGGCCACCGAGGUCCGCAUCAACCCUGUGGAGUUCAACCCCGAUUUCGUGGCGCGGAUGAUACCCAAAGUGGAGUGGGCUGCGCUUCUAGAGGCGGCUGAUACCUUGCACCUGGUUGAGGUACCCAAGGAGCCGAUCGAGGGGUAUGAGCACGACGAGACAUUUCUGAGGAAGAUGCACCACGUUUUGCUAGAGGUGGACGUGCUGGAGGGCACCCUACAGUGCCCAGAGUCUGGACGCCUGUUCCCCAUCAGCCGCGGGAUCCCUAACAUGCUGCUGAAUGAUGAGGAAACUGAGUCUUAACUGCACCAGCCACCAGUUUUGUAUUUUGUGACCUUGUGUAUCUUUGUUGAUGUUCAUUCACCACGUUUAUGCCCCAA